AUGAAGUUCACCUCCUCUGCCAUCGCCGCCGUCCUCGGCUUCACCUUUAGCGUCUUCGCUGCUCCCACUGGAUAUCAAAGAAGCUCUACCUGUACAACCAUUUCGUCAACCAGCUCUACCUGUACACCCACUACGCCAACCACCCCUACCUGUACACCCACUCCGCCACCCUGCCCUGACUGUCCCGCCGCCAUCUCCCUCUACGAAGUCUGGACCGGCGCAGUGCAGUACAAAGUUGACGAAGGGAAGAUCUUCAAGUCCGGCAAAACUACCGACAUCACGACCCUCGCAACUUUCGAAAUCCCAGCAUGGACCGGAGGCCUCACCUGCGAAUUCGUCUUCGAGCUCACCGAAGGCGCGACCCUCACGGGCUCCAAGCGCUUCCAGGUCUUCACGAGCCAGAAGCCUGCUACUGCGAGCAGCAAAUCCUGGCCCUCCGGCAAUCUUCGCGAUCAGAAUCUUGGUACCAUGGAGGCAGUCAAGCCGGGCAGGGCCACCAUCGUCGAAGGUCCGGCGACGAGUGCCUUCUUCCCGUGCCCCGCUGGCCAGACUAUCGCUGGAGAGUUGGUUGGCCAGAACGAUCAGGUCGACAUUGCGUGGAACAACAAGGUUGCUGGGCCGAGAAUUCGUGUCCACCACUAG